UUCUUUUCCUUUUUUUGGUUUCCUUGGACUUUUGCAGCUUUGUUAGUUGAAAAUGGAAAAUUCCUCCUUUCUGCUAAGAGGAUGCGGAGAACUACUUACACAGAGUAUGUUAUUUCUAUGGAUGCUGACAACAUCUCAAGAUCAAGUAACACAUACAUUGGAAAGCUGCGAUCAAACUUCAUUGGAACGAAAUUCAUUAUAUUCGAUACACAGCCUCCAUAUUCCUCUGCCCAUAUAUGCCCUCCUGAAGGAACUGGGAGAACGAGCCGCAGAUUUUAUUCCAAAAAGGUCUCUCCAAAGGUUCCAUCUGGAAGUUACAACAUAGCUCAGGUAACAUAUGAAUUAAAUGUCCUUGGGACACGGGGCCCAAGGAAGAUGCACUGCAUCAUGCAUUCAAUACCGGCCGCAGCACUUGACGCCGGCGGCAGUGUUCCUGGCCAACCAGAGCUGCUCCCCCGUUCCCUGGAGGACUCAUUUCGGAGCAUCUCAUUUUCCAAGUCUCUAGAUCACUCUAUUGAGUUCAGCAGCUCACGAUUUUCUGAUAUCGGUGGAUCUGUUGCCAAUGAGGAUGAUGAGGGCAAGAUAAGACCCUUGGUUCUUAAAAACAAGCCUCCAAGAUGGCAUGAACAAUUACAAUGUUGGUGCCUCAAUUUCCGGGGAAGGGUGACAGUUGCAUCUGUUAAGAACUUUCAGUUGAUUGCCGCCACCCAGCCUGCUGCCGGUGUGCCCACGCCAUCUCAACCAACUCCACCGGAUCACGACAAGAUUAUCCUGCAGUUCGGCAAAGUUGGGAAAGAUAUGUUCACCAUGGAUUACCGGUAUCCCCUAUCAGCAUUCCAAGCUUUUGCAAUAUGCUUGAGCAGCUUUGACACCAAAUUGGCCUGUGAAUAGUUGAAUCAUGAAGAUAUCUCUAAGAAAAAGCUAAUCAAAUUAUCAUUUCUCUUAUUACCAGUGUAUGACACAAUUGUAAUUCUAGUGUAUCCCGCUGUAACAUGGUUUUAGAGCAUUUUUAACUUGCUGUGUUUCAUUCCCCAGUUGAUUCAUGCGUGUCAACGCCAUGUUAUCCUUUCUACCAACAGAUUAUUAUCAUUUUAACACAUUUUUAGGUUCUGUUUCCUUCCAAAAUGUAUGCUGGUGUUUUCUGAGGUGUAUCACGGGGUGCUGCUUGUGGUUAUAUAUUACAAACAGGGCACUGAAUAAAAAGUGAUAUCAAAGUUGUUUGCGAAUCAUG